AUGGUUGUUACCUUUCCUAUAGAGACGCCAGCCCAAAGGCAGGUCUUGGGCGUGGCUAUUGCUUUCUCCAUUCUAGCUGUGGUAGCAGUGUUUCUGCGACUUCUAGCUCACCAUCUCGCGAAUAAGAGAUGGAUCAUCAGUGACUAUUUCAUAGUUGCCGCCGUUAUAUUUGCCGUCGGUCUCCAGUCCAUCAGCAUCACCGGCGUGAUACAAGCGGGCAUUGGUUAUGAUCAUGUCAAGGCAAUUGUACCCAAGUAUGGGCCCGGCCCUAUCGCUAAACUCCUCCAGCUGAUUGUCCCAUUGCAAUUUCUUUGGGUUCUGAGUCUCAGCUGUACAAAAGUCUCCAUAUUGUUCUUAUAUCUUAGCAUCUUCCCCGUCACUUGGGUCGUGCGGAUUUCCUGGACAACAAUGGGUGUGAUUGUAGCCUGGACUGUUGGAACAAUACUGGCCGGGUGUUUGAUAUGUCGGCCCUUUGCAUAUAACUGGGACCAGACUAUUCCUGGGGGAUCGUGUGGAAACCAGGUUACCUCCUUCACGGUGACGGGAGUUAUAAAUCUCCUCACCGAUGUUGUUGUGUUGGUGACGCCUAUGCCGCUGCUGUAUAGUCUGCAGAUGGCAACAUAUAAGAAAGUGACAUUCAUCACCAUCUUCGGCCUCGGAGGAGUCACGUGCAUCAUCAGCAUUCUUCGUAUCUCCAUACUCUCCACAAUGGACUUCGCCGACAUCUCUUACUCGAUUCCCCUUGCCAACAUUUUCAGUGGCCUGGAGCCCUGUCUCGCCGUCAUCCUCGCUUCAGUUCCUAUGAUGCGCCCCCUCCUGGGACGUUCAACAUACACCCCCGAGGUGACAGUUCGUCCUUCAAAUAAGUCUUCGUCCCCACCUGGAAGAUCUAGGUCUACUGGCGAUGGCGAGUUCCAGCCGCUUCAAGAUAACUCGAGUCAGCUGUGCUUGCAGCCGGUUGGACCAAAGCAUAAGGUCGGUGUCGCAGUCCAAAACCCCACACAGACGAGAGAGUUACGUCGUGGGAGCGAAGAUACUCUUGAAGCGGGGGAGAGCAGGGAUAUGGAUCAGGCACAAAAGGGAGGUUUGGGAAUUUCAGUUAGGCAGGAAUGGGUUGUUUCGCAUGGACGAAAGUAA